CCUUCAUCCUCCACCACACAGAGAAGGGUCUCACGACAGAGAUCCAAAAAGGUGGAGCCACGAACGAAUGAAGAGAUUAUUAAUUCCAGAAGAAAGAAUGUGAAUUGAAUUUGAUCCAGGAUCCUCUCUCACCAAUCAAACGCAAACAUCCAUGGCGGCACUUCUGACACCACCUCUCAAGCUCCCGAACCCUCUCUCCUCAUCAUUCCCUCAUGACCAUGCAGUUGCAGGGUCGCCCUCCAACUCGACGUCACAUGCUCUUGCUUCGCUCCUCGUCACCUCCAAACUUCACAGCCACUCGUUUCCUCCUCCUCGCUCCCACUUCUCCAGGUCUCCUCCAAGCCCUACAAGGCCCACUUUCUCAUGCAAAUCCUACCGAUUCAUGAACGAGGACGACGCCGGCGGCAGCAGCAGUGAGGACAAAGAAGGAGAUGAUUGCAGCUUCGACGGAGCUGUGGCACUGUUCAACAGGAGAGAAUACUACAAGUGCCACGACUUCCUCGAGGCGCAGUGGAACAGAGCCGAAGAGCCGAGGAGGACUCUCGUUCACGGGAUUCUGCAAUGCGCCGUCGGGUUUCAUCACCUCUUCAACCAGAACCAUAAAGGAGCCAUGAUGGAGUUGGGAGAGGGGCUUUGCAAGCUGAGGAAGAUGGACUUUGUAGACGGUCCGUUUCACCAGUUCGAGAGGGAGAUUUCUGCGGCUCUGGACUUCAUUUACCAAACUCAGGUUGAACUUGCAGCAUGUACUGAGGAACUGUGCAUUGCAAUGGACAGAUCAGAGAGAUCCUACCAGCUUCUAGGGGGCUAUGGUGCUGGGCAGAAUCUGUAUCGUUUAGAACUUGACCGUGACGCCAAGAUAUACAUCGUCUUCUGUCCGGAGAGGGACUACAUGAAGGAUGUGUCGCCACCUAGGGUUAAGCUUCCGACGCUAAAUGUGACUGAGGAAAAUCUUCUCGAUUUCAGUAGGUGAAGUAGACGAACUGAAUAAGUAUCUGGACAAAAUGUUAAGGAUCCUCGUUGGGCAAAGAUCGUCCUGAACGA